UUUGAUGGAAACAAAAAAUUGGGCCCUGUUUCGGGCUUUAAACAAACCCCGUUAAAUCGUUAAUUUCGUUUGUAACCCUAAUCAUCUUCAAAUAUAUAUGGUAACUGCGGUCCCUACACAAUUUCCCCCGGAAAACUGUAGCGACUCAAUUGUGACCGGAAUUCUUCAUCAUCACCGAAACCUUAACGGCAACAAUGGCGACUCAAUUGAGCAAAAAGCGAAAGUUUGCAGCAGAUGGCGUGUUUUUCGCCGAGUUAAACGAGGUUCUUACUAGAGAACUCGCGGAGGACGGUUAUUCUGGAGUGGAAGUUAGGGUUACGCCGAUGCGUACGGAGAUUAUUAUAAGAGCCACACGUACUCAAAACGUGUUAGGCGAGAAGGGAAGGAGGAUAAGGGAGCUGACAUCCCUCGUUCAGAAACGCUUUAAGUUCCCUGAAAACAGCGUGGAACUUUAUGCUGAGAGAGUCAACAACAGGGGGCUCUGUGCCAUUGCACAAGCCGAAUCUUUGCGUUACAAGCUUCUUGGCGGUCUUGCUGUCCGCAGGGCUUGCUAUGGUGUUUUGAGAUUUGUUAUGGAGAAUGGAGCAAAAGGAUGUGAGGUGAUUAUUAGCGGAAAACUUAGGGCUCAACGUGCUAAAUCAAUGAAGUUUAAGGACGGGUACAUGGUGUCAUCUGGUCCAGUCAAUGACUACAUUGACUCUGCUGUGAGACAUGUGCUUCUUAGACAGGGUGUUAUUGGUAUCAAGGUUAAGAUUAUGCUCGACUGGGAUCCUACCGGCAAACUUGGCCCCAAGAAACCGUUACCUGAUAAUGUUGUUAUUCACAUGCCUAAAGAUGAUGUCAUUGCACUCCCACCCAAAGAAGUUGAGGAAUACAAGCCACCGUUUGUUGCUGCUGAUGCGCCUUUGCCUAUGCCGAUUCCAGUAGCUGUUUGAGGGUCGGUUAAAGGCGAGGUUAUCUUUAGAUUUCUCAACUAUGGAAGAUCAUUUUUCUUGGUUCUUUUGAGUUUUGGUGGAUAUAUCUUUUUUUUUCUUUUUGAACUGCUAGUUCAUGAGAUUUAUUUUUUUAUCAAUAUUAUUUUUGAAGGACUGAAAAUUGCAAUAUGAA